CUUAGCCAAAAAAAAAAAAUGUAAACAUAACCAAACAAUAACAAACGUUUAAAAGAGAGGAAAACAUCUUUUAUUUGUUUAUUUUUAAUUUUUAAACAAUUUUAUUUAAUAUAUAAGUUAAUUUUCCAAAAAUAUGGAUCCGUCUGAAAGUAAUUUAGGUAAACUAACGGAAGAAUCAAUAAAACGUAAAGAGCGUUUACGCCAAUUAAGAGAAAAGGCCAAGAAAAAUGAGGCAAAUAAAAAUGACCCCCAAAAAGAAGAAAAGUUACCCAAACCCAUAUUCCGUAGUUAUAGGCCACAAAAUGAAACAACCGAAGGCGAGAUUUUACCCCAAGAACCUUCCGGCGACAUAGAAACAGCAGUUGAAGAUCAAUUGGAGUUGCUGAAACAACCUAUUAUUAUAGAUGAGAUUGAUAUAACAAAUUUAGCACCCCGUAAGCCAGAUUGGGAUCUAAAAAGAGAUGUUUCUAAGAAAUUAGAGCGUUUGGAAAGAAGAACACAAAAAGCCAUAGCAGAGUUAAUCAGAGAAAGACUGAAAAAGAAUCAGCAAGGCAAUGAUAUAUUUCAGGCAGUCAAUGUGGCUACAGCUCACGCAGGAGAAACAACAAACAACGAGGAUGAAUGAUGUGAAAAUAAAUAUAUAUUUAAAAUUAUAUUAUAUGCUAAAUAAACAAAUUAAUGCUAAA